AUGUUGGCAGAACUUCAAAGAGAAUCGAAAAGAAUAGGUUUAACCAUGAAUUUAAAUAAAACAAAAGUCAUGUCACCUGACAAUAUUCAAGUACAUAUAGAAGACCGAAUUAUUGACAACGUCGAAGAAUAUAUAUAUUUGGGACAUUGCAUCAAAUUGGGCAAAGAAAAUCAAACUGCCGAAAUAAACAGACGUAUUCGUUUGACAUGGGCAGCCACGGGUAAACUGUCACACGUCUUGAGAAAUGAAACUAUUCCAAUUAAUUUGAAAAGAAAGGUCUUCAAUGCCUGCUUACUGCCUGUGAUGAUUUACGGAAUGGAAACCAUGACACUCCAGAGGACCACCCAACGAGCCAUAGAACGGAUGAUGCUAGGAUUAAGCCUGAGAGACCAUAUCACAAAUGAGAGUAUUAGACAAAGAACUAAAGUUGAAGACGUCAUAAUACGCAUAGCCCACCUGAAAUGGGGCUGGGUAGGACACGCGACGACUUGA